CUUCACUGAGCAUGAAUCCCCCAUCCGGAGUGGUGAGCAAAGGGCUCCCCCUUUUCAUCACGUGCACAGCCCCCAGGGAUGAUGGUCAGCUGAGGUUUCACUUCUACAAGCUCGUUCCUGGGAAUGUGGGGUCUGAGAUCAGCACCACAGAGUCCAGCACCAGCUCUGUGAACAUCUCUGUGCACAGCAUCCUGCAGGCCGGUCCCAACAACACUGGGGAAUUCACCUGCGGGUAUGAGGAGAACGUGGGUGGGAGGUGGAUCCCAUCCCCCAGAAGCCAGGCCGUAACUGUCACUGUUACAGCAUUAACAGCUUCACACUAUACCCGUGACAUUCUGCUGGGAACUGGUGGUGUCUUGCUUCUGACUGGAGCCCUGGCUGCUCUCAUCUGCUAUUGCCAUAGGAAGAAAAGAGUUCCAAAGCCUCUGAGAAGCACCAAGGGAUCUGAGCCCAGAGAACACACCAGGAACCCGGAUCCUGGUUGCAAUAAUAAGGGAUCAAAAGCCACAGGUGCCGGAGCAGAGCGGAUGGAAAAGGGCUCAGAAGUCACCUACGCGCUCAUAGAAUUCCCGGCCUCACAGGCCCACAGGACCCAGAAGACAAAAAAACCAAAACCUGCUGAAGCUGAGCAUGUGCUGUAUAGUGAGGUGGUGACAACGCACACCUGGAAGGCAACUAAAUAAGGAAGGGAAACCCUCUAUAUGUCUCUCUGCAUCUUCUCCCCCUCCUCCAGGCAUCCAUAUC